ACUUCACCAGUCUUUCAUCAUCUUUGGAUUCAGAAAGAAUCUCAGUUCAAGUCAAGUACCCAACAAAUACGGACGAGUUAUUUUCAAUCCAUCGAUAAACUAUAUAAUAUUUUCAUCUAUAAAAAAGUGAUAAGGUUUUUCUGUCUUAAGAAACUAAAAAAAAAUGAGCUGCCCUUUCAAUAGAAAUGGUAAUAACCAUGAUGACAAUGCCAUUCCUCUUGGAUCUGAUGUUGGCAUGAUCUAUGGUGAAUAUCUAAUGCUGGAGAAGGUUCUAUCAGCUCAACGAAUGCUCUCAACUCAAGACAACCGCACUGUACAUGAUGAACAUUUAUUCAUUGUCACUCAUCAAGCCUACGAAUUAUGGUUCAAGCAAAUCAUUUAUGAGCUAGAUUCUAUUCGUGAAAUGUUGAAUGAAGAGAAAAUUGAAGAAUCAAAAACUUUGGAGAUUUUGAAGAGACUUAACCGGAUUGUUUUAAUUUUAAAGCUUCUUAAUGAUCAAGUUCCAAUUCUUGAAACGAUGACACCACUUGACUUCAUGGAGUUCCGCAACUAUUUGGCUCCAGCUUCUGGUUUUCAGAGUCUUCAGUUUCGUUUGAUUGAAAACAAACUUGGAGUGAAAUCUGAGAAUCGUGUUAAAUAUAACCAACGAUACUCUGAGGCUUUUGGUGGUGAUAAAUUGGCUACAGAUGCUAUAAGUGGAUCCGAGAAUGAUCCUUCGCUUCUCGAUUUAAUUGAUAGAUGGCUUGGAAGGACUCCCGGUUUGGAAGUUGAUGGUUUUAAUUUCUGGCAUAAGUUUCAAGAAUCCGUUGCCAAGUUCUUAGACCAAGAAGAAAAAAAUGCUCUUUUGGAGAAAACAGAAAACGCUCGGAAUUACCGACUUAUGGAUAUUGAAAAGCGCCGUGAAGUCUAUCGCAGUAUUUUCGAUCCAAAUGUACACAAUGCAAUGGUGUCACGUGGUGAUCGUCGAUUUAGCCACAGAGCAAUGCAAGGAGCCAUUAUGAUUAAUUUCUACAGGGAUGAACCUCGUUUUAGUCAACCUCAUCAAAUGUUGACACUUUUGAUGGAUAUUGACUCGUUAAUUACAAAAUGGCGAUAUAACCACGUGAUGAUGGUGCAAAGAAUGAUUGGAUCACAACAAUUGGGAACUGGUGGUUCAUCGGGUUACCAGUACCUUCGAUCCACUCUAAGUGAUCGAUAUAAAGUGUUUUUGGACUUAUUCAACUUGUCAACUUUCUUGAUUCCAAGAGAAGUUAUUCCUCCACUCAAUGAACAUAUGAGGCAAAAACUUAAGUGAUGAGUGUCCUACUUCUUAAAAUUGUUUGACAAGUUACUGCGGAUCGAAAGUUCUGUCAAUUUUUUUUUUUUUUUUUUC